CUUACUCUCUCUGAAAGAAAAAAACAAACACCAUUUCUUUUUUUUCUCUAAGCUCUCUAAUUUCAACUCUGCAUUUUUGUCUCAAGACAAACUCACUGUAUGACAAUGGAGAAUUUGUUUCGCCUUGUUGAUCAAGACCAAGAUUUCUUUCAGCGUAAAUGGACUUUGGUCAAUGGUCCGGUCAUUGUUGGUGCCGGACCAUCAGGGCUAGCCACUGCUGCUUGCCUGAAAGAACAAGGGGUCCCCUUUGUUGUCCUCGAAAGAGCCGAUUGCAUUGCAUCUUUGUGGCAGAAACGCACCUACGACAGGCUAAAGCUUCACCUUCCCAAACAAUUCUGCCAACUCCCUAAACUACCUUUCCCUCAGGAUUUCCCCGAGUACCCAACAAAGAGACAGUUCAUUGAGUACCUUGAAUCAUAUGCUAAGCAUUUUGAUAUCAACCCAAAGUUCAAUGAGUGUGUGCAGUCAGCUAGGUAUGAUGAGACCAGUGGUUUCUGGAGGGUCAAGACCAUUGUUACAAGUGAUUCAAACAAGACUGAGUUCGAAUACGUUUGCCGCUCGCUUGUUGUGGCCACUGGUGAAAAUGCCGAGUGUGUGUUGCCCGAUAUUGAAGGAUUGUCAGAAUUUGGUGGUGAAGUUAUCCAUGCUUGUGAUUACAAGUCUGGUGAAAAAUUCAAGGGGCAGAAAGUACUAGUUGUCGGCUGUGGCAACUCUGGCAUGGAAGUUUCUCUUGAUCUGUGCAACCACAAUGCUUCACCUUCAAUGGUGGUUCGCAGCUCGGUUCAUGUCCUGCCAAGAGAAAUUUUUGGGAAAUCAACAUUCGAAUUGGCUGUUUUGAUGAUGAAAUGGCUACCCCUUUGGCUUGUUGACAAGCUAAUGUUGAUUUUGGCAUGGUUGGUGUUGGGAAACAUUGAGAAAUAUGGACUUAAAAGGCCAUCAACGGGUCCCUUGGAACUCAAGAACACAAAAGGGAAAACCCCUGUAUUGGACAUUGGUGCAUUGGAGAAAAUUAGAUCAGGUGACAUUAAUGUGGUUCCUGGAAUCAAGCGUUUCUCACGUGGACAAGUUGAGCUUGUUAAUGGCGAAAAACUUGAUAUCGAUUCAGUUGUGUUGGCUACCGGAUACCGCAGCAAUGUUCCCUCAUGGCUUCAGGAAGGUGAAUUCUUCUCCAAAAAUGGGUACCCAAAGGCUUCAUUCCCACAUGAGUGGAAAGGAAAAGCUGGACUUUAUGCAGCUGGGUUCACAAGGAGAGGGCUCUCAGGUGCUUCCUCUGAUGCCAUGAGGAUUGCACAAGAUAUUGCCCAGGUCUUUAAAGAUGAAACUAAGCAGCUCAGAAUGAGAACUGUUGCUCGCCAUAGACGCUGCAUUUCACUUUCACAGUUCUAAACUUACAAAAUCCUCAGCCAAAUAUUUUUAUUUCAUCAAAAGCUAGGAAACUAGCUUUGUUCCUGUAAAAAUUAAUAAUACUGUAUAAUACUCUCACCCAACAAAAAACAAAACAAAAGAGGUAGAACAGGCUGACAGAGCCCUCUCCAAAGGCCCAAGUUUUGAUUUUCUUUGGGCAUUUUGUAAACCGAGGAUGAUGAGGCUUUUUCCUUUUUUUUUUUAAAUUUAUUAUUUAAAAAUGUUUGUACCAUAAUUCAGUAAUCAAGUUGAAUGAUACCGCAGCUUCCUUUC